GCCAUGAAGUCUCUGUUGCAGCUACUCAACUCUGCCUAAAAUGAAAACAGUCAUAGACAGUAAUUGAAAGAGCAACAUGACUGUGUUUCAAUAAAACUUUAGUUUGCAAAAACAGACAUCUGCCUGGAUUUGGCCUGCAGGCUGUAGUUUGCCAAUCCCUGGAUUAAGGCAUGGUUUCCAAACAUUGAUCACUGAACAGAACUGGUCAGUAACUUUUAAUGAUUCAUAGUGAAAUAAGAAAAUUAGAAGCAAGGUAGUAAGUUUUAUAUAAAACUAAAUUCAUUCUCUUUAAUUGGUCAUCCUGACUUUCAGUAUUCUUUGCUGGUCUUUUGCUACUGAAAUACCUUUUUCUUUAUGAAAUGAAGGUAUAGUAGGCGGCAGUUUUCAGGUUUACCUUUGCUUAUUAAUAGCUCUACUGACAACUCAGUCUGCAGAUUUCCUUUUGGAAAUGUCAUAAGCCUAUGAAAUUUAAGCACCUGGGAACCACCAGUGCAGGAGGAUACAGUGUGAACUGCAGCCUCUCACUCUCAUGUUCUGUCUCUCUCCUUCCCUACCUCCCGGGCCUGCUGACAGCGGUGGUUGGGGCCGGGAUCGGGGGCUCUGCCGUGGCCCAUUUCCUCCAGCAACACUUUGGACCUCGGGUGCAGAUCGAUGUGUACGAGAAGGGAACCGUGGGUGGCCGCCUGGCCACCAUCUCAGUCAACAAGCAGCACUACGAGAGCGGGGCUGCCUCCUUCCACUCCCUGAGCCUGCACAUGCAGGACUUUGUCAAGCUGCUGGGGCUGAGGCACCGGCGUGAGGUGGUGGGCAGGAGCGCCAUCUUCGGUGGGGAGCAUUUCGUGCUAGAGGAGACCGACUGGUACCUGCUGAACCUCUUCCGCCUCUGGUGGCACUACGGCAUCAGCUUCCUGAGGCUGCAGAUGUGGGUGGAGGAGGUCAUGGAGAAGUUCAUGAGGAUCUAUAAGUACCAGGCCCAUGGCUAUGCCUUCUCGGGUGUGGAGGAGCUGCUCUACUCACUGGGGGAGUCCACCUUUGUCAACAUGACCCAGCACUCUGUGGCCGAGUCCCUGCUGCAGGUGGGCGUGACGCAGCGCUUUAUUGAUGACGUCGUUUCUGCUGUCCUGCGGGCCAGCUAUGGCCAGUCAGCAGCGAUGCCCGCCUUUGCAGGAGCCAUGUCACUAGCCGGGGCCCAAGGCAGCCUGUGGUCUGUGGAAGGAGGCAAUAAGCUGGUUUGUUCCGGUUUGCUGAAGCUCACCAAGGCCAAUGUGAUCCAUGCCACAGUGACCUCCGUGACCCUGCACAGCACAGAGGGGAAAGCCCUGUACCAGGUGGCAUAUGAGAAUGAGGUAGGCAACAGCUCUGACUUCUAUGACAUCGUGGUCAUUGCCACCCCCCUGCACCUGGACAACAGCAGCAGCAACUUAACGUUUGCAGGCUUCCACCCGCCCAUUGAUGACCUGCAGGGCUCUUUCCAGCCCACCGUCGUCUCCUUGGUCCACGGCUACCUCAACUCUUCCUACUUUGGUUUCCCAGACCCUAAGCUUUUCCCGUUUGCGAACAUCCUUACCACAGAUUUCCCCAGCUUCUUCUGCACUCUGGACAAUAUCUGCCCUGUCAACAUCUCUGCCAGCUUCCGGCGAAAGCAGCCCCAGGAGGCAGCUGUUUGGCGAGUCCAGUCCCCCAAGCCACUCUUUCGGACCCAGCUAAAGACCCUCUUCCGUUCCUAUUACUCAGUGCAGACAGCUGAGUGGCAGGCCCAUCCCCUCUAUGGCUCCCGCCCCACGCUCCCGAGGUUCGCACUCCAUGACCAGCUCUUCUACCUCAAUGCCCUGGAGUGGGCGGCCAGCUCCGUGGAGGUGAUGGCCGUGGCUGCCAAGAAUGUGGCCUUGCUGGCUUACAACCGCUGGUACCAGGACCUAGACAAGAUUGAUCAAAAAGAUUUGAUGCACAAGGUCAAGACUGAACUGUGAGGGCUCUGGGGAGAGCCUGGGAACUUUCAUCCCCCACUGAAAAUGGAUCACACCCCACAGCAGCCCAGGACUGAAUAAGCCAUGCUCGCCCACCAGGCCUCUUUCUGACCCCUCGUGUAUCAAGUGUCUUUUCCCUCCAGUGUGGGUUCAGGUGGCCUACUGUCUGCCUAUCUUAAGGGUCCACACGGUGGCUGCUGCUUUUUUUUAAGGGGGAAAGUAAGAAAAGGGAAGGAAAUCCGAGCCAGUAUAUUUGUUUUAUUUUUUUUUUUUUAAGAAGAAAAAAGUUCGUCUUCACAAGGUGCUUCAGACUUGGUUUUUUAGCUAGAAACCAGAAGGCUACGGGAGGGAAUGUAAGGCAGAGAACUGUGAGUCUAAUUUUAUUACUGUUUUUCUCACUACCUACUCCCACAAUGGACAAUCAGUUGAGGCAAACUACAAUAAAACAUUUACAACCAGAUGGUUACAAAUAAAGUAGAAGGGAAGAUCAGAAAACCUAAGAAAUGAUCAUAGCUCCUGUUUACUGUGGACUUGCUAGAUUUGAGGUACUAGUUCAGAACUCACUAGUCACUGUCUCGAAGCCUGUCAACAUCACUGCAUAUUGGAGGAGAUGACUGUGGUAGGACCCAAGGAAGAGACAUGUGCCUGAACAGUCGUCACCGUAUUUCCAAGCUUCCUGGCAACCAGUGUGAAAAGAGAAACAUGCGAGGCUGUAGGAAGAGGGAAGCUUUUCCUUUUCACCUACAGGAAUUAACCAUUCUCUUCCUUAUGCAAAGAUUGAGGAACGCAACAAUAUAAAGAAGACAAGUCCCCAGAUGGGUAGGGAGCAGUCAUAUCUCACCCCUAGAUGUUCAUUCCAGCAGAAGAAAAAGAAAAGAAGGUGUUGGGGUAGGAUUCUUCAGAGAUUACCCUGGUACUUUCUCAUCAGACACUAGCUUGAAGUAAGAGGAGAAUUAUGCUUUGCUUUGCUUUUUCUACAAACCCUUGAAAAUCACUUGUUUUAGAAAAGAAAGUAAAAGCCCUUUUCAUUCCUUUUG